CAGAGGCGAGGCGUUCCCGACGGGGUGUCUGCCGGGGCUCCCCCUCAUCCCCUCCCGCCUGCUCCCCGCGGCCUGAGCCGCCCUCUGUCCGCCCCGCGACUGGCUCACAGCUAGCUGGCUCGGCCUGCUUCCCGGGCCUGAAAGCGACGGGGAGGCGAUCCUGCCUCGGUGCCGGGUGCGGGAACGUCCCGGGUCCGUGGGACUGGAGGGGAACGGGCGGGGCUCUCACCUUUCAGCAGCGCUUCCUGCGGCCGCGUCGCCGCUCCAAACUUUAGCGUGUCCGAAGUUAGAGAGGUGCGUGAGGCCGUGAGGCGAGCCGGGGCGGCUGGAAGUCGACAGCACGAAGCGGCGACCCCCGAGCCCCUCGGCUGCUAGCACCCAAGUUCGCCGGCGCAGGUCCCUUUAAGGGCCCGGCCCUCCGCAGAGCGCACGUGAGCGGCCUCCGGAAGCCUGCGCCGAGCCCCUACUCCGACGCUUGCGGGCCAAGGAAGUCAUCUGCCCUGCACCUCGCCUCUGACGUUAGUGGAAACUGAGGCCCAGGAGAGGGCACACGCUGCCCAAGCGCCGGAGUACUGGAGCCCUGCUGGACUGGAUGCUAUGAGUUGCUAAAAGUGAGCCUGGCUUUUUCGCUGCCUUGGGGUGCUGAGAGGGAGUCCCAGAAAGAAUCAUGCCGGAUCUCCUACUACUGGGCCUGAUUGGGGCCCUGACGCUGCUGUUGCUGCUGACGCUGCUGGCCUUUGCUGGUUAUUCAGGACUGCUGACUGGGGUGACAGUGAGUGCUGGAUCACCCCCAAUCCGCAACAUAACUAUGGCCUACAAGUUCCACGUGGGGUCCUAUGGUGACACUGGGCACCUUUUCACGGAGAGCUGCAGCAUCUCUCCCAAGCUGCGUUCCAUCGCUGUCUACUAUGACAACCCCCAUACGGUGCCUCCUGAGCAGUGCCGCUGUGCAGUCGGCAGCAUCCUGAGUGAAGGGGAGGGGUCGCCCUCACCUGAGCUCAUCCACCUCUAUCAGAAAUUUGGCUUCAAGAUAUUCUCCUUUCCAGCACCUAGCCAUGUGGUAAUAGCUACUUUCCCUUACACCACCCCCAUAUCCAUCUGGCUGGCUGCCCGCCGAGUCCAUCCUGCCUUGGAUUCCUACAUCAAGGAGCGGAAGCUGUGUGCUCACCCUCGCCUGGAGAUCUACCAGCAAGACAAGAUCCAUUUCAUGUGUCCACUGGCGCGGCAAGGAGAUUUCUACGUGCCAGAGGUGAAGGAGACAGAGCGGAAAUGCCGGGAGCCUGCGGAGGCCACUGACACCCAGACGGAUGGCACAGGAGCUGAUACAAGUGAUGCAAGUUCUGUCAGCCUGGAGGUUCGCCCUGGCAGCCGGGAGACUUCAGCCACCACACUUUCUCCUGGAGCAAGCAACCGUGGCUGGGACGAUGGUGACAACCGCAGCGAGCACAGCUACAGUGAAUCGGGUGCCAGUGGCUCAUCCUUUGAGGAGCUGGACCUGGAGGGCGAGGGACCCUUGGGAGAACCCCGACUGAACCCCGAAGCCAAGCUUCUGGGGCCCCCUCGGGAGCUCAGCACCCCGGAGAGGGAUGAGGAGUAAUGAUAAGCCCUCAGCCCCCUGUGGUGCGUUUGCUAAGGAACUGAGCAAACUCUCCAGCCCUCUUUUUCCUUAACCUGCCUAGCUUGGGCUGGGAGUACCAGGAGCCUGAGCUGCCCUGCUCCGAGCCUAACCCUCCUUCCUCACUGCCCUUUUGGCUCCCAGGGCCGAAGGAGCCAGAGACUGUUAUCUGCACCAGCCUCCUGGGCUGCCAACUUUGCAGACUCUUAUUGGAGCUUCCAGAACCCAGAAUAAAGUGAAUUACUUUCUUGUUUCACCUGGA